GCCCCGCUGACGGGCGCUGCCUUCAUGAAGGCGUCCCACAUCCAGCUGGGCAGCGAGCGCUGGGCGUCGGGAAGCGCCCGCCAGCCGUGGUCUCACAGCGAGUUCCCCCCUUUCUGGGGGGUGUACAGGCCGGCGCCAGCACCGCCCCCCCCCAGCGGGCACGUGCUGAACCAGGCUGCGGAGAAUGUCGGCGAAACCUGCUCGGAAACUCACCGGGCCUUUCCGGAGCAGCCGCUGCAGCCGGUGGCCGCGGCUGUGCCCCUGCAGCCGGGGGUGCGAAUGCACGCAGACCCCCGCAUCCGUGUCCUCGCCUCAACCGCCAGGGAGACCUUCCCCUGGCCCCACGCCCCCCUGCAGAGACCUUCCCGGCCCGCGGCCCUGAAACAGAAGGAUCACAUUCCUUAUGGAGACAGGGAGAAAAUCGGGCUCCUUCCAUCCGUCUACACCUCCUCGUACCCAGCGCACGAGGCGCAGCCCCUGGGUAAACAGAGCCUUGUCAGAUGUCACACUGUGCCUUUCCCCUGUUUGGCAGGAUGUGUCCCCACUAUUCCAAGGGAUGGACAGUCCUCUUACAGCACUUCUUACCAAGCACAGUUUAAGGGUGAAUGGAAUCCACCUGCAAAGCCAGGGGAGAAGCAAGUGUCUUCUGUUAAAUUUGGGGAUUCCAGAAGCAGUGGAUCUGUGAGCGAGCAGAAAUGUGCCUAUGGUGCCCCAGAGGAGAAGACACACAGAGCCUACAACAAGGAACUUGCUGCCUCCCAGAUCCACCACACCAACGUGCAGCUGGGGGAUGGUUGCACCAGCUUCUCCACCUCGACUUCAGAGCACUUCCCAGUGCACAAACUAGAGCCUGUCACUGCUGCCUGCCCAAACAGAUACUCCUCAUCCAUCCCCAGAGGUGAUGAAGAUCCUGAGAGGAAUCGAGCCUUGGCCAGGACCAUGACACAGGUCUCCUACCCAGAGCCUGACAGGCAGAACCUCCCACCAAAGCCUGAUUUGCUACUGAGGAAAAACCAGAGCAGCUUCAGCCUGGGCGAGGGCCGCGCGGGCGCCGCUGCCUUCGGCACGACGCAGCAGGCAGCCUAUCAGCCCCCCCCCCGCAGCCAGAGGGUGACAGCAGACAGCAGGAGCCACCACCAGAGCCACGUCCCCUUCAACUACCACACAGAUGAAAGUCCUGUCACAACCACGCAGGCCAUGCUGGUCCCACACAGACAGCAGAAACAAGGACUCUCUGAGGACAAGCUACAGCAGAUCAAGUACUCACACCUGGGGCUGCCCUGGAGGGCACGGGACCUCUUCAGGACCGAGCAGAAAGAUCAGUUCACCCCCAAGUCCAGGGGCCCAGCAGAAAUCCAGAAGGGAGACUGCCAAGUGAGCAGCAUCCCACUGGGGACCCUGAAGGAAUUCCGUCCCCACAGGAAGGUGCACUUUGCACCUUGAUCUUCUCCUUUCCUCAGUGACCACCCAGAAACGUGCUGUGGACUGUUGUUUUACCUGUUAGCCAUCCUGAUGCCCUGCUCUUGGCCCCUCUGUGUGUUAUUACAGGGCAUGUUUAUUUCACAAGUUGAAUGAGGACACAAGAAGCUGUUGUGACAGCAAGAAUAAACACUGGGAGAUGAGCCAAAGGCGGGGGUGAC